AUGCGUAAGGCACUCACCUACGCCAUCUUAUUCGUGAUAUCGGCCUACGCCCUUGCUGGACUGUUUGGAUACCUGGCCCUCAUCGAGGGCGAGGAUGAGGGUAGCGUUCUGGCCGGCAAUAUGCUGACCAUGUACCCGGAGAACUUUGUCAGCGCAUUAGUGCGUCUGGGCUUUCUCUACACCGUGACCGCCUCCUUUCCGCUCAUCCUCUUUCCCCUGCGCAGCGCCCUCAAUAGCCUGUUGUUUGAGGAGGUAAGUCUGUUCUGA